AUGUGUCAGAGGUCGUGAUACGCCAAAACACAGUGAUGGCUUCCCUUGUGUGGAAUUCAGGAUAGCUAAUUAUUUGGAUGAGCUUUGUGGUAAGAAAUGGGGAAGAAGCACAAAAAGCACAAAUCAGAAUGGCGAACCUUUGACGAAUUUUCUGAAGACAAACCACCAGAGAAGCGUCUGAAGCUUGUCCUAAAAGUUGGAGGAAGUGAAGUCACUGAACUUUCAGGCUCCGGGCAUGACUCUAGUUACUAUGAUGACCGAUCAGAUCAAGAGCGUGAGCGACACAGAGAGAAGAAAAAGAAGAAGAAAAAGAAGUCUGAGAAAGAAAAAGACAAGCAUGUUGAUGAUGAAGAGAGGAAAAGACGAAAAGAAGAGAAGAAGAAAAAACGUGAAAAAGAGCAAAAUGAAAGCGAGGUGGAAGCUGAUGAGUUUGACCCAGGGAAAAAAGUGGAAGUUGAACCUCCUCCAGAUAGGCCAGUCAGGGCUUGCAGAACUCAGCCUGCUGAAAACGAAAGCACUCCCAUACAACAGUUGUUAGAACACUUUCUUCGUCAGCUACAGAGGAAAGACCCUCAUGGAUUUUUUGCACUACCAGUGACAGAUGCAAUUGCACCUGGCUAUUCAAUGAUAAUAAAACAUCCUAUGGACUUCAGUACAAUGAAAGAGAAAAUUGCGGCAAAUGACUACAAGUCUGUCACAGAGUUUAAGGCUGAUUUCAAGUUGAUGUGUGACAAUGCAAUGACCUACAACAGACCAGAGACUGUAUACUACAAGUCAGCUAAGAAAUUGCUACACACAGGCUUUAAAAUGAUGAGCAAAACUGGCUCAGCAGGUGGAACCCCUCUCCUCCUGGCUCCCAUGAUGAUGAUGAUGACACAGUCUGAAAGAGUUACACAGGAACGGCUGUUAGCUUUGAAGCGCAGCAUGUCGUUCAUGCAGGACAUGGAUUUUUCUCAGCAGGCAGCUCUUUUGGGGGAUGAAAAUACAGCAAUUGAGGAGCCCAUACCAGAAGUCGUUCAAGUUCCGGUAGAGAUCACAAAGAAAUCGAAGAAGCCGUCCAAGGAAAUCAUUAGUACUAGUUACCUGUAUGAACCAGAAGGCAAUGCGUGUAGCUCUACAGACAGCACAGCUGAAGAACAUGUCCUAGCUUUGGUGGAGCACGCUGCGGAUGAAGCUCGAGACAGACUUAACAGAGCCUUAUGUAACAGUAAGAUUGGUUACCUGAGAAAAGAAGGAGAGGGACCCUUGAUGUACACUGUUGUGAAUCAGUCUGACCCAGAUGCAGAAGAGGAGGAGACAUACCCAGUCGAUAUUAGCUGUCUGUCAAACAAAUUGUUGCCUGGCUUCACAACCCUAGGUUUCAAAGAUGAACGGAGAAAUAAAGUUACUUAUUUAAGCAGUGCGUAUACUGCACAGUCCCUGCAGAAUAAUACAGUCUUCCCUGACUUGAAAGCUGAUGAGAUGGAUUUGUUGUAUUCUGCUUAUGGUGAUGAAACUGGAGUGCAGUGUGCUCUGAGUUUACUAGAGUUUGUCAAAAACUGUGGAACAUAUACUCAGAAGAGAGUAGAUGACUUGCUUGAUCAGAUCACUGCUGGUGACCAUUCAAAAUCCAUCCGACAGAUAAAACAGAAAAGAAAUAUUCCAAUAAAAUCCCAAGAAGAAAGCAAACCAGGUGUUUCUGAAAUUCAGAUGCCACCCACACUGGUGAAGGAAGAGUUACGAUUACAGCCUUCUUGUCCAGACUCUAAACAGAUCAUCGAACCUGCUGUGAGUACCUCUCACCAUGUUUUGGAUUUCUUGCCUAUGAAGUCAUAUUCAGAUGUUUCUCUUGAUAUCGCCAUGUUAAAUCCACUAGGAAAAUCAGUGAAGAAAGAGGAUCAUGAUGAUAACCAUUUGAAUUUAGAUGAAACAACUAAAUUACUGCAAGAUCUUCAUGAGGCUCAGACAGAUCGGGUUGGAUCAAGGCCUUCCUCCAAUCUGAGUUCCCUCUCCAACUCAUCAGAAAGAGAUCAACAUCAUCUAGGAAGUCCUUCACGACUCAUCAUUGUAGAACAGCCAGAGCUGGACCAUGACCCCUACGAAUUUCUUCAGUCUCCAGAAGAACCUCCUAAUUCUGUCAAUAGUUGACCAUAUGCCAGCCUUCUUAGUGGUCUACAGUUGCAGAGUUUUUGCCACACAGCAGAAACGUCUAAUUUGUCCUGUUCUGGACAGUAAACAUAACUGACUGGUUUACUGGGUGACAGUACUGCAGUUUAUAUAAGUAUUAUGCGGAAUGCUAUUCUGUGGCUCUCCCUAGAGAGGGGAACGACAGAUGGGCACAAAACAUUUUGUAUUAUAUGAAUAGUAAAUGACAGGAAUUGUGUUAAUUAGUACAGCUUUUAUUUUUAUUGGGAAUAUUAAUCUAGUUAAUUAUUUUUUGUAAUAAUAGUUGAACUGUUGCAUGAAAUGUAAUGGUUUGUUAAGGCCCAUUGAGUGUGACAGUUGUGCUGCAACUCAUAACGCGGAAAGCAGUCUUAGGGUGCUGUGUGUGCAACAAGGAAGGAAGAGAUAAUAACUUAUAAAACUACUCCUCUAUCCAAACAGUACCUUGCAUUUCCCAUUAAAUUUUUAGAAAGACUGGACUCUUGUAUUCGGUAAAAUCAUGAUCUGGCAGCAUGGAAUUCAAGAAUAUUUGCUAAACUUGUCUUAGGCAUUACAGUUUUCUGUACACUACAAAAGCAGUAUGUGAUCCUGUGAUUAUCAUAUUAAAAAAAAAUCCCAGUAAUAUAAUGUGACUUGCAUAUAUACUUAUAACAGCCUACAUAGUUCCUGAUCUACCUUAAGAUGAGUAGGAGGAGAAGGACAGAAACAGGGGUCUUGUUUUAUAGACCCUUGAAUGGGUCUGAGCAGCACACUGAAUUGUUUCAUUAUUUUACAUGCAUCUGGAACCCAGUAAAAAAGGGAGUACUAGAUUUGUGUAGCCUUGAGAGGCAAGAGGCAGCUGUUUACUGUGAAGGUAGGACUGAUACUGCCUUCUUGUGUUGCCAGAAGAUAAGUUUGGUUAAAUUUUUAUUUUUAUUUUUGUAUUUGUCAAAUAUAUUUAUGUAAUUGCAUAAGAUUGUUUACUGUGAAAAAUACAUUUUGUUUGAUUUGUUACAUAUUUUCAUUAUACACAGAAAUUUGAAAGUUUCCAUCUUGUUUAAAAAGUGUAUAUGUACAUUAUUAAAUUAAUAAUGACCAAAGAGCCAGUCUUUACCUGGCAGCAUGUAUUCUUUUUAAAGUUGCACCUUGGACUGACCCUUACUUGACUGGCCCUUUGAACAGGCAGUAUUUAGUCUUAAUUGCCUGAGGAUUUAAUCUUAUUGCAGUUUUGAGUCUAUCCACAGUCAAGAGUUUUAUGUACAUAAACUUUUUUUGUGUUGCUACUGUUUUUAUAUUCAUGUCUGCCCACUGGGGCCUGUUGAGUAUGCCACAUGCAUUAUGUUGUACACCUGUUGUAUUAUAUUGGCAGUGGUGCUGAUGUGGCCUAAAGAUUAACUGACUCGAAAUGUAACAUUAAAUGGCAUAUAGCACAUACUGUACUUCAGCACUUGAUCAUGCAGUUUUGACAAGUUUGUCAGUUAGCAGUCAGUCACUGAGCUGCGUUUGCUCACUACAAGUUCAGUUUAAUAAGUAGUAAGUUGACAAGACUAAGAUGUCCUUGCAAUGCAGUAUUUUAGUUCAAAACAUGAUAAUUUGUUUCAGAAGUAUUUUUUGAAUAAUUUGUUAGUAUCCCCUUAGCCUUCAUCAAUCUUUCACUUUGCUUUAUUACUGCCGAUACCUGUGUUACUUACAGUUUGUGUUGGUAGUGUUUUGCUAAAUGUUAUUGUUAAAUCUUUCUUUACAGUGCAGUGGUGACAUAUACCGUUUAUGUUCCCUCAUUUUCCAUGUAGUACUUUUAUAAAUUCUAUUUAAAGCCCAUUGGCUUUGACACAUUGCAUGAAACCUUUAUAUUGUUGUUCAUGUUGUAGACCUCUCUUUUAUAUACUGUAAAAUAGCUGUGUUGUAUAUGUUGUAAAGUCUGUGAAGCCAUCAUGUUCCAUUUUGAUCCAAAGCAAUAGUGUGUGACCAUUUGCUUGUCUUUGCAUCUAGACAUACAUAUUGUAUUGUUAGGCUCUUUGUCAAUUUUGAAUGUAAUUUUUUUUACAGUAAUAAUAUUUGUUAGUAUACAAGGUAAUAUCUUACAUGUUCCAUUCUAUCCACUUUAACAACAGGACUAGAAGCCUCGAGCAGCAGUCCCACUACAUAUUUGAGACUCUCCCAUGCUCAAAACUUCAUGUUGUUCCCACAGUGUACCACUUCUCUCCAUCUCUGCAGAUCUUGUUUAUUGCAUUUGCUACUUGUACUGAGAGGUGCCCCCAGACAUUGUCUUCUAGUUGCUGGACUAAGUCAAAAGCCAGAUUUUUUUAUAAUCAUUAGAUCACUGGCCUACUAAUUAUUGACCAGAUUUUCUUCCUGCCAUGGUCAUGCUCAUGUUACCAUUUUGUGUAACUGCUUCUUCAGUCACCUUCUUUGAAUUCAGUGAUUAUUUAUGCUAACAGAUGUGUGCUAGUUGGCGCUUUGUGUCUGCUGGUAGACUUUUCAUCUGUCAUUGACUUUCUUGGAUGCUUCUUAUUGACUGUAAUAUAAAGACAAGGUCAUAGGUUUCCAGUGUGUACUACAUGUGGACACAAAAUUUGCCCGCAGGACGUGCACACCUUAUGAGAAGUGUGUUUUGGGGAUGAAAUAUCUGGAGGCUACCAAUGACAUUUGUGAACAUUUUAGAACCUGAACUUUGCAGAAGUGAAAAAUUAAGCCUAUUUGUAAGGGUUAGUUGCACAGUGAUUGUACUUAGGACUAAAAAGAAAGCUUGAGAAAUGUGAGAUCCAUAUAGAUACUGUCAAAUCUUCUCUCUCAGCUCCAGAAUUGUUUUCCAAAAAGAAAUGUAGUGCCACUAGUUCCCUGUGAUACAUCUUUGUAGUGGGACUCUUAGUUUGAUAUUGCUAUGGUGCAAGACCAACAAGGAAAAGAUAGUUUCUUACCUAAGAAAGAACUUUCUAAGUAUUUGGAGUCCAAAUAUUUUUCUCUCUGUCCAUUCCUCCUGGUCUGUCCACAGUCCGGCCACUGCUUUGACUGUGGAUUGGCUGAAAACAGUGAGGGCCCUUGUUAAGCUGCAUGUUGAGAUGGGUUUCUUCACUUCUAACUCUGUUUCAAUGGAAGCAAAAGAAGGAACCUUCUGUUUCCAGGGCAGAAAAAGAAGAACAUUAUCCUUUUCUAGUAUGUUUCCUCAAGCCAUGUUUUGGUGCUAGUUGCUUCAAAACCGAGGAUUCUUUUGCUGACUCCCAUUCUGACAUCAGUGUCAUCUCUGUUGUGCACCAUAAUUUUUUUCUACUCUGUUGACCUCAGUGCACAGUUUUAUGGUUCAGAAUGUUACUAGGGUCCCAGGCACUUGACACCAACAGGUCUGUGCCAGUCUCAACUCAGAUGACCUUAGAGGUCCUUUUUUGCUGCCAAAAUCAUUAACAGCUGAUUUGAACCUGAGAUAGUCCCAAAGGUACCCAACCAACAGCUGCACUACAGCUAGCAGUCCUGUUGUUGAUGUGGAUGAGUGUAGAUCAUGAAAAUGUAACAUUAUGGUAAGUACAUAGCUUUGAUGUUGUGGUUGUUGCUUUAUCUCUGCGAUGCACUUGAAGAUCUGAGUGAUUUAUUAUCCUGUCAUUUUUAUGGUAUUUUCAUAUCGUCUGAGUUCUCCCAUAACUAUUACGUGUAAAUAUUUUUCUAUUGUCAGGUGAAGUUAACAUAUUUUUGUUAAUAAAAUAUUUUGUUUUAUUAAUA